CUGAAUAUCGAAGAGAAUUCGGAGAUGGGAAAGUACCGUGCUCUAGUGACGAAGAUUUGAAGUUGUCUCUGAUUGGUUAGGAUUUUGUUGCAUGAUCUGCCGGCAAUAAAGUGGCUUCAAAACCAGAGGAAUCGAGGGUGCCCCCCGAAACAGGCUCGGAACCCAGUGGAAUGGGUCGGAGGGAUUGGCGGCCUUUCGUAUAUGGAGGAUUGGCAUCGUGCACGGCCGAAUUUGGGACUUUUCCCAUUGACACUACUAAAACACGUCUCCAAAUCCAGGGACAGAUUAUAGAUAGUAAGCAUGCAGAGUUGAAAUAUCGGGGAAUGACUGAUGCUUUACUUCAGAUCUCAAAGCAAGAGGGCGUAAAGGCCUUAUAUUCAGGAAUUUGGCCUGCUGUUUUAAGACAAGCAACAUAUGGAACGAUAAAAUUUGGAACUUAUUACUCUUUGAAGAGAAUAGCUAGUCAAGGUCGGGAGAAAGAAGAUGUUGCAGUCAAUGUUUGCUGUGCUGUGGUUGCAGGAAUGGUAUCAAGUGCAAUUGCAAACCCUACUGAUGUGCUUAAAGUGCGAAUGCAAGUGUUGGGACAUCAGAGUCAUCGUGGCCUUGUUAGUUGCUUUCUGGAUGUGUACCAACAAGAAGGUGUGGGAGGACUUUGGAGGGGAGUUGGUCCCACUGCCCAGCGAGCAGCUGUUAUUGCAGCAGUUGAACUUCCUGUGUACGACUUCUGUAAACAAUACUUAAUGGGAACUUUCGGUGAUCACAUUUCGAAUCAUUUUAUAUCCAGUUUUAUUGCUAGUUUAGGCAGUGCAAUUGCAUCAACACCAAUUGAUGUUAUAAGGACGAGACUAAUGAACCAGAGAAAACUAAAACAAGUUGGUGGCAGCUCAAACCAUAUUUACUCGGGGAGUAUGGACUGCUUGGUUCGGACGGUGAGAAAUGAAGGCUUCUUUGCAUUGUAUAAAGGAUUUGUUCCUACAUGGGUAAGAAUGGGACCAUGGAAUAUCAUUUUCUUCAUCACAUAUGAGCAGCUAAAACAGCUGUACUGAUACUCUCAAGUACUUCAUUUAGAUGUUCAAUUUUUUCUGUGCAUUUAAGCCAUUGGAGAUCUGAAUUCCUGAUUCUUAUUUUAUGGAAAGUAUUCCACAUUUAUUUCAGUUUCAAUAGGUGCUGCUAAAUGAUAUCUCAUAUGUAUUUGAUACAUUAAUGUAAUUAUCAGUGAGGUUGAGGAUGUAUAAAUUAAAUUUGUGCUAUGUGAAGAUUUCUGUUUAGAAGUAGUUUAAUCUCCAAAGAAUCAUUAGAUUUGUAAUUAGUAAAUUAUUUUUAAGUAGUUCUUGAACAAUUUUAUUUUGUAAUUUCUGUGAAAAUUACUGUUACUGUUAUAAACAUAUUUAUUGGUUUCCUUGAGUUCCUUUUUGGUAUUGUUACUUCUCAGGAAUGUAAUACUAUUUCUUUCACAGUAUUUAAUUUCAUUUGUAUGUUCAUUAUUUAAUUGUAAGUUACAAUCUGCAAAUAUUUUGGUACUUUUAUUUUAUAAUUGGAGACGUGGUGCUUUGUCCCAAAUGUCAGUACUUACAGAAAGAUAUUACAGGGUGAAUUUUGACAGAAAGCAUACCUAGCACACAUUCAGUGUGUUAUUUUAUGAAAAUAUACUGGCGUUGAUGUUGUUCUUAUUGUAUGGCAAUGGCAAACUCAAAAAUGUACUGUAUUCAGAAUAGUUGCUGUAAGAGGGCUGCCUUUAUAGUGACCAACCCAAACCAAUAUUUUUGUGUUUUUGAAAAAUAUUGUUAGGUUAUCCGUAAAUGACAUCCCUUGUUGAAAAGAAAAAGAAUUGUUCCUGGCAGUCUGAUGAACGAGAUCAUUAAGAAUUGAUGUUUGAAUGUCGUUUACCAUAGUUGCCAAUUAUAAAGUUUAGGCAGUCAUGAGCAUUGAUUGUCUUAAAUACUAUGAUUGGUUUGGAAACACCCCAACAUUAUGUGAUAUCCAAAUGUCAAUUCUAUUGCAUGAAUCAUAAGUGUAAAUGUAAGUGGGCAGAUAUUUGUAUGGGUGGAUUUAAGACUGGAUUUAUGAAUAAGCAGUUCUCAGUCAAAGUUAACAUUGUAGGUUGGAAUGAUUUUUAUUAGAUCUGAUGUGUUCUGGAAAUAUUAAAAAAGUAAAAAGAAAAAAAAAAUCGAAAUAGUAAUUAUACCUUAGCGUUUUGAGGAUGAUUUUAGUGUUACAUUGAUGUAAUUGAUGAAUAUUCAAAAUGUGUAUACAAAAUGAUGUCCUUUAUCAUUUACUGCACCUACAGUGAAUGCUAAUUGUGAUCACUUGCUCUUUCAUGCUAAAUUACAAUUUCUGUGUAGCGUAUAUUUUUUGAGAUAAAACUUCAUUCAUUGCUUAAGCAGUGUUAACAUAAGAGGUGAAAUUUACGGUAUAAAGAUCUCUCAAGGGUUUAUAACGGAAAAUCUAAUAAGAAUUGCACAUUAAUAUUCUUAACAUAAAUAGUGCUACUUUCUCAGAACAUUUAUUUUAUAUUUAAAAACAUUGUAUUUUUGAUUUUGUACCUUCAAUUUUGAGCUGACACUAUUUGAAAUUGUGAGGGCAAGAGUGGUCUCACUAAUGAUUCAUAGCAUUUAGACCACUUCGCUCUUGUAACAGACUUCAGUUAGUCCACCAUUGCUCUUAGCCAGCUAAGAUAUUCUAAAAAAAAAAUAAAGAAAAGAAUCUUUAAUUAUUGAAGCUGCAAAAUCUAUUUAGUAUACCUGAUUAUUUCAUGCUCUAAAAUGUGUUGUGACUGCUCAGCAAAUGUUAAUAUCUUAUCAUUUUGAGAACUACUGAAAUGGUUACUAUAAUUAAUGAUACUGUAGUAAGGUUUUUCUUUGUGUAUCAUUAAAAGAAAAUUAGAUUCUAGUCAAGAAUGUGACUGCUUCAAGCAUAUGUUUCUCAGAAAUAUAGUGUUUAGAACACACUUAUUAGAAGUCGUACAGAUAAAUGCUGUAGCUUCAUGAACAGUAUUACUAAUAGCGGAUGAUCCAUGAAUGUUGGGUAGUGUUUAACAGAUUUAAGAUCAGAAUUGUGACACAAAAUGGAGAAUUCUUUUGAGAAGCUUUGUUAGCUCUCGAUACUGGUGAACUUUGUACAGCAUUGCAAUUGUUAUUGGCAAAAUCUUGAUCGAAGUUUAGUGAAUUCUAUUGUAAAAUGUGUGAAAGAACAUUUUGUUAUAAAAGGAUUGUUAGUUUUAAAUUUGUUAAUAAAAAGUCUAUUUGGCAAUUGUUUUGUGACUUCUAAAUGUAAUAAACCGAGACAAAAAUUACCUGUCAAUGUGCUUUAGAUAAAACCUAAGACAUCUCUAAUGAUCAAUAAACAAAAUAUUGUUAAUUAUUUUAUUUUAAUACUAUAUUGCCAUUUCCCCAUAAAACUAAUGUAGUGGAGGAUGUUAAACUAAUUUGCAUUUCUUUCUAAAGAUAAAAGAAAGUGUUUUGGUAAGAUCAAAUGUGACUGGCCUCUUUAAGAAAAUGAAUGUAAAUCUAGUUUUCUCAUCUGGACUUAUAAAGCAUUAUCUAUGUGUUGAAUGUGAACUCGGAUAACUCAAUUCUUUUUGACCUCGAAAAUUAACAGCUCUGUACUACCUAAGCAAUUGUGAAUGUACAUUUUCAGUCAGCAUUUUCAUUUACUGAGUUUUCUGUUUUACAAUAUAACAUAAAAUGUUCUAUGUUCUACACAAUUUAGUAUAAGAAAUAUUAAUGAAAAAUAUAACUGUGCAGAUCAUCAAAACAUUGAAACAAUAACAGUUGUGCAUAUUUAAAUGUACUGUUUUUUUCUUCUUCAUGAAUGAUGGAGAACAAUUUAUUCAUUAAAUUUUAAGGUUUUUCUUUUUUUACAAGAAAAAAAAGGUAAUUAAAUAUGUUCCAAUUCAGUAUUAUUAGACCUCAAAAUCCCAAAUCCUCUAUAAUGUAACACUUAAAUAUUUAAGUUACUAAAAACUUAUUCAUUCUGGUAUUUUUUUAUGAAUUCUCAAAAAGUGAAUUAAUAAAACUACUCACAUUUCAAAAAAUGACAAAUUGUUGCUUCACAAACACAAAUUUUUAUUUCAAUUGAAUUGUAUUUACACAUUCAUUCCUGCUUAAUAUACUACAAUUUGUAAAGCUGAUUAACACUUUUCUAUUCACAGCCUAUUUUGAUCUCAUUUACAGAACUACAAAUUCAUUAGGCAAAUUGUCCACCAGUUUAAGAGAACUGUUUCUUUUAUAAUAUAACUCACUGCCCUAAUUGGCAACAAUAAAAACUGCAUAUACAGCACAAACCUUCACAAACUUUACAGAUUUACACAACAUGAAAGUUUCAUAAAUAAACAUGUCAACAUAGAUAUUCUAUAAAAUACUGAACAAAAAUCAAGGGUCAAAACAAAUCAUCUGCAAAUUAUAACAACUCCAAACAAGUAACUAAAUAACAAUUUCAUCAUCAAUCCAUUUCAUCAGAGGGAGGAAUGUAAUUUGGAGACAAGGCUUUUCCUCUGUGAUUAAAAACAUAAAAUGACGGAAUGUUUCUCAGGGUUUCCCACGACUUAUUUUCCAAAUCCACAGUUGCACGUAUUUCCUUGAAAUCACCAGCAAUAUUCAUAACUCCAUAUAAUGUUAUGAACAGGCUUACAAUACCUUGUGUUAGAAUCUCAAUGGGUAAAGAAACAAAUUCUUGUUCUGUAAUUCGAAGGUAAGAUCGAUGCUGAGCUGCGGAAUAUGCAGCAUGAAACAAGGAUAAAAGUCCAGAUAAAAGAAUUAACUUAUGAAUUGCCUUCGCCAUUUUUGGCGUAUGUAUUAGUAAUUGAAAGCAAAAUGUUUUUUUCACUGCAAUUAUUGAAAACUAUAAACACAUUACAGGCAAUCUCUAUACUCAUACACGGAACACAUACAAAUGAACAAAUCGCACCAAACGUAUGACAAACCAGAGAAAGUUCUGAAAAGCGACGCCGGGAGCGCGGUAGUCAAACUGAACGAAAUCUGUACCGAAAAAUUAAGCAUGCGUCAUUUUUUCGCACAAAUUACUUUGUCUCUUUUCUGUAACGGAGAAAAAUGAAAAAAAUCGUGUAUAACAGGCUUUACAUCAUGUCCACAAUUCCUUAACCGAUUUGCCCUCAAAAACAUAGAUUUCUGUAGAAAGAGUUUCUCUACUACCAUUUAAUAAUAUUCGUAUUC